GCAUGCCAGAGAUGGACAGAGGCAGCCUCCGUUUCUAUGGGCCUCUCCACGCAGCCACAGGACGUCGCUCGGGACUGCACUUGGACCGUCAGCACCUUCCUUCUUGACCGAGAGCGGCACGAGUUGCUGGUGCCAUGGUUGGCGCACAUGCUGGAG